AUGGACGAGGAGAGCAGGUGUUUCACAGAAGCGGAAAUCAAGUUUUUCUCUGAGUGUGACACUGGAAGCAUUCCAGUAAUUGUGCUAUUUACUAAAUUCGAUGCCCUCUACGAUGAUGAAUUUGUAGAGCUCACAAGUAAGGGAGUAUCGAGGAAAGAUGCUCAAGCGCUGGCUUCGCAGCAAGCCAGAGAAUCCUUUGACAAUGGGCCACAGGUGAAGAUGUUGUACAACUGCGAGGGCAACCGACGUCCUCCAAAAUGUCAUGUAUGCCUUCCUGACAUGGCCAAGGACGAUGCAGACUGCGGGCCACUCAUUGAACGCACGGCCGAAAUUCUGGAUGAUCGUGUACUCAAGCAGCUGUUCGUCUCAACUCAGCAGACUAAUUUGAAGCUGUGUAUGAUAUAUGCGAUAAAAAGCAACGUGGGGGCGGAGAUAGAGGAAGAUGGAAGAUUUUAUCGGGAAGAGGAGUUUGUGAAUGAUUUAGUUCAAUGGUUCCCACACAUUUCGAACGUACGUCAGUUGAUCCUCCCUACCAGUGGCAUGCUGAGCGAAGACAUUGCUGAUCCAUUAACAGCAACACAAGAGCUCGUUUAUGUUUGUGAGUGUGUUCAUCGUCCAUCGAACAAAACUCUUGCUGACUGA